AUGGCCGCUGCGGUCGUCGCCCGGGUUGCACCGACCAACGGCGCGACCACCGCUACUGCACGUCCGAAGGGUCGGCCACAAUCUGCGGAGCUCGAGGAGGAUAGCGACAGUGAGGACGAGAACCCGGACAACGCAAUCCAGGUACCGCACAGCCUUGCGCAAAAGAAACUCGCUGCACUCGCCGACCCGAAUCGUAGACGGAACUCCGACCAUGGCCCACCGCCGUCGGAGGCAGCCGUGCGCCCUCAAAUCCCCUCGGUUGCAACGGCGCCAAUCGCGCUAGGGCACCCCUACAAUCUUCCCGCGCCUGCGCCGCCAAUGACGCCCCGGACGACCCGGCGGCAAAUGCUGGCAACUGAGCUCUCAGAGAGUCUACGCCGGAAUUUGUUAUGGGAGCGGCAGGUGUCCCGGAACAACUUGACACGGCGCGGGGGUGGUGUCCUCGGCAGCAACCUGCGCCCGCUUACGGCAAUGCAUAGCAAUAGUGACUCCUCGAGGAACGGUGGAUCGGGUAGCAAGAGCGGUAACGAAAGCGACGACCGCAGGAAGGCAAACGUUGCGCGCAACCGUAGCUGGGCGGACGACUACCAUUACGCCGGCUGGUGA